AUGGAGGACGACUUCCGGCCCGUGGUCGACGACGGCGCCUCCGACGCAGAAAUGCAGCUGGCCGCCGACGCCGAGUCGCAUCUUUCGCAGCGCCGAAGCUCCCAGGGCGGCACCCUAUACACAUCCCCUACCUCGCGCACCCGCAAACGAGGCCUGAUGUCGCGCUCGCAACCCCGGCCCAUACACACCCCCACCAGCCCCAUGUCGGCGACAAUCCCCCAUAACCUGCUGCCCUCGGCGCCAGCGUCGCCGCCGACGCCCGCCCCGAGCCCGACGCCGCACCAGCGUGCCCCCGACUGGAGCACCGCCGCCGAGCACGAGGACACCCAGGUCAGGGACAUCCGGGCGCUGUUCAGCGAGAUGAACGACGCGGAGAAGCAGCGCCUGCUCGGCGAGCUGCUGAACAUGUGCAACAGCCACCAGCUGAGCUUCGUGCACGACUUCGUGAGCCCCAGGUUGAAGAAGGAUCCGUUCCAAGUGCUGCCCAAUGAGCUGUGUCUACGGAUCUUGACCUUCGUCGACGACCCCACCACGCUCGCUCGCUCGUCGCAGGUGUCGCGACAAUGGUACGACCUCGUGAAUGAUGACAUGGCCUGGAAGUCCCUCUGCGAGAAACACGCAUACCGAAGACUCUCGGAAGUCCACGAUCCGACCUUUAGGCCUUCAGCCUCGUCCGCUUCGUUGACGCCGGGCGGUUCCCCACAGCAGUCGCAGGCGUGGAGACAUACCCUCCGACCAUCCAAGGGCGUGAUCACCGGCCUGGUAGGAGCAGACCUUCGGACACAGUCACUGGAUCGCGCAGGAGCAUCUACUCCCAGAUCAGCCAAGCGCAAGAACAAGGCCAUGACAUAUCGGUCGCACUUCAAGCAACGAUACAUGGUCGAGACGGCGUGGAGGUCGGGUGGUCGGUGCGAUUCGCGGCAGAUCACGCCCGAUCAGGGCGUCGUCACGAGCCUACACCUCACCGACAAGAACAUCGUCGUCGCGCUCGACAAUGCGAAGAUUCACGUUUUCGACACGCAGGGCCAGCACCAGAAGACGCUGCAGGGCCACGUGAUGGGUGUGUGGGCGAUGGUACCGUGGGGCGACUUGCUUGUCAGCGGUGGCUGUGAUCGCGACGUAAGGGUCUGGAAUAUGGCUACAGGUGCCGCGGUCCACACCCUGCGCGGACACACGUCCACCGUGAGGUGCUUGAAGAUGUCGGACGACAAGACUGCCAUCUCCGGGUCCAGGGACACCACGCUUCGCAUUUGGGACAUCGAGAGAGGCAUCUGCAAGCAUGUCCUCAUCGGCCACCAGGCCAGCGUGCGCUGCUUGGAAAUCCACGGCGACCUGGUGGUGUCGGGAAGCUACGACACGACGGCCCGCAUUUGGAGCAUUUCUGAGGGCAGGUGUUUGAGGACGCUUACGGGCCAUUUCAGCCAGAUCUACGCCAUCGCAUUCGAUGGCAAGAGAAUAGCGACUGGCAGUCUUGACACCAGCGUCAGGAUAUGGGAUCCCACCGACGGCCGGUGUCUCGGUCUUUUGCAAGGCCACACAUCCCUUGUUGGUCAGCUGCAGAUGCGGGGCGACGUUUUGGUGACCGGUGGCUCCGACGGAUCCGUGCGCGUCUGGUCCCUGAACGAAUAUCAGCCCAUCCACCGCCUUGCGGCACACGACAACAGCGUAACGAGCCUCCAGUUCGACGACACUCGCAUCGUCUCUGGCGGCAGCGAUGGGCGCGUCAAGGUGUGGGAUUUGAGAAAGGGCACACUCGUGCGCGAGCUCAGCCAGCCAGCGGAGGCGGUGUGGAGGGUCGUGUUUGAGGAGGAGAAGGCAGUGAUUAUGGCUAGUAGAGGCGGCAAGACGGUGAUGGAAGUCUGGGACUUCUCACCUCCGGACGACGAAGCGGCGGUGGGUGAUGUUAGAUCCAGCAGCCCGCUCAGCGCACCAGAAUACCGGCAAUCGACGCCGGCAAUCAUGGCAGCAGAGCCGUCAGACGUCCCGAUGGCGGACGCCGAGCCGUCAUGA